AAGUUGGGCUUUUCCGUAGCCUUAGCUGCAAUCCUCCUUCCUGACAAGGAUGUCUGGGGUUGGAGGAUGGAGGGGAGGCAGCAGGUACAGAACGGCUGCUGCCUCCAGUACCCCAUUUUCCUCUCAGGGUUACAACAAUCAACCAGAGGUGGCUGGAAAACCCCAGCAGCUGAUGACAUCUGGAGAGGAGCAAAGGUACCAAGCAUCAGCCUACCAUCAGCAGCAAGAGCAGCAUGUCAGCUCGUACUUCUUGAUAACUCCAAAUGAAACCAGAAGAAACCAGUUGCAACAAAUUGCUAAGAAAGAGCUAGAUGACCUGGAGCGCUGGAAGGAAGAGCACAGGCCAAGGCCAAUUAAGUUGAUUCCACAGAGACUGGGUGGAAAGGACUCAGAGGCUGAAGCAAGACAAAAACAGCAAAUGAUGCUCGUGCAAUCUAAAUACCAACAAAAGCACAAGAGAGAAGAAUACAUGAAAGCAAAAAAAGCAGCUGAAGAAGCUGAAAUUCUGAAAAAGAAAGCAAUUCAGAGAGAAAAGGCAGAGAGACUUGAAGUUAAAAAAAGGCAACAAGAAAUGCAAAGAAGAGAGAUGUUCCUUGAAGAUCAAUAUUACAAAACCAAUGAAUUAUUGAACAGAUUGGAUUUAGGCUUGCCAAAGAGUGAUUCCUGUCAGAUUGCUAAUCGUGGCCCAGAAUCAACAGCAUGGGCUCAAUUAAAGGAAUCAAAACAAAAGCAGGAGGAGGAAGCCAGGACAAGAGCACUUCAAAAUGAACAAAGGAGGGUAAAUAAUGCUUUCCUAGACCGACUCCAGAACAAAGCACAGACUAAUAGCAUCUGCCAACCUGGAUAUUCUGGGAGUCUGGACUACCUCAGUAAUGGUGCCUGGGGGUCAAACUACUUGGAAUAAAGGAUCAACGUUACUAAAAGGGUACUGGAGAAAUAUUCACUUUUAUCUGGUCUUGGCCAAAUGACCUUGUAAAAGCUCCAAGAAAGAGCUCUUUUAUCAUUGUGAUUUUUUUUUUCCUACCCUGACUUCAACUUCGCACCCACUUCAUGAGCGAUCUGCAUAGACUGGUUUCUAGCUGUCAUAAUUCAUGCAUAUUUGAAGCAGUUGAUUGUGAAAGUCCUAUUUAAUUUUUAAUAAGUGAAUGCAUCUUUUUUUUUUUUUUCCUCCCUUAAAUUGUUUUGCCUUUUGCAGAAUGCAAUUAUCCCAGUCUUUGGGAUCUCAGAAAAAGAAGACAUUAGUGGUUGCAAAAGCUGCAGGAAUAUCUAUGUUUACUUCCUGCUGUAUCCAGCAAAAAAACUUCUAGAGACUUAAACUGGAAAAACAGUGCUUUCUUUUGGGGACAGGGGAUAGGAGAACUGCUGCUUUGGGUUUUUUGUUUUUGGGGGGUUUGGAGGGACUUUUUCCAUUGUAUUAAGUAGAGACUCAAGGAGAAACAAGUGUGUGUAUUGUUGUGUAUUGUAGAUGAAUUCUUCUAAACACAUUUUUAGAAAAAUACGACACAUGAAAGAAAUAAAACUUUAACACUG